AUGUCGGACUCUGCCUCCAGCUUCCUCCACAUCGGGGAUAUCGUGUCCCUGUACGCGGAGGGCACCGUGAGCGGGUUCAUCAGCACCCUGGGGCUGGUGGAUGACCGCUGUGUGGUGGAACCAGGAGCUGGAGAUCUGGAGAAUCCUCCAAAGAAGUUCAGAGACUGCCUGUUUAAGGUUUGUCCUAUGAGUCGCUACUCGGCUCAGAAACAGUUCUGGAAAGCAAAACAAGCCAAACAUGAGAAGGACAAGAUCGCUGAUGUGGUGCUGCUGCAGAAACUACAGCAUGCGUCCAACCUGGAGCAGAAGCAGAACGAGACGGAAAACAAGAAAGUCCACGGAGACGUCGUCAAAUACGGAACUGUCCUACAGCUGCUCCACAUGAAGAGCAAUAAAUACCUGACGGUGAACAAGCGUCUGCCGGCUCUGCUGGAGAAGAACGCCAUGCGGGUCACUCUGGACGGGACGGGGAACGAGGGCUCCUGGCUCUUCAUCCAGCCCUUCUGGAAGCUCCGCGCCAACGGGGACAACGUGGUUGUUGGAGACAAAGUGAUCCUGAACCCGGUGAACGCCGGUCAGCCGCUUCACGCCUCCAACUACGAACUGACCGACCAUCCGGGCUGCAAGGAGGUGAACUCGGUGAACUGCAACACGAGCUGGAAGAUCAACCUGUUCAUGAUGUUCAGUGAUAACCGGGAGGAGGUCCUCAAAGGGGGCGAGGUGGUGCGUUUGUUUCACGCCGAGCAGGAAAAGUUUCUGACCUGCGACGAGUACAAGACCGAAUUCCACGUUUUCCUCCGAACCACGCUGAGGCAGUCUGCUACGUCAGCCACCAGCUCCAACGCCCUGUGGGAGAUCGAGGUUGUCCAUCAUGACCCGUGUCGUGGGGGGGGACACUGGAACAGCCUCUAUCGGCAACACUGGGUGGAGGGAUUCAAACACCUGGCCACCUUUAAAAGCAACUACCUGGCUGCUGAGGAGAACCCGGGCUAUAAAGGAGACAAUGCAGAACUGGCGUCCUCGAUGGAUAGCCGUAGCAUCAAGCGCUCCCACGGCGAGAGGAUAAAGUAUAAGUUGGUAGCGGGCGCUCAGGGGAACGACAUCGCCUCGCUGUUCGAGCUCGACCCGACGACGCUGCAGAAGACGGACUCGUUCGUACCGCGGAACUCGUAUGUCCGACUGAGACAUCUGUGCACCAACACCUGGAUCCAGAGCACCAACGUGCCCAUCGACAUAGACGAGGAGAGACCCAUCAGACUCAUGUUAGGAACGUGUCCCACCAAAGAGGACAAGGAGGCGUUCGCCAUUGUCUCGGUCCCCGUGAUGGAGAUCAGAGAUCUGGACUUUGCCAACGAUGCCAGCGCCAUGCUGAGCACCGUGGUGGACCAGUUCAGCCAGGGCUUCAUCAGCCAGAACGACCGCCGGUUUGCCAUCAAGCUGCUGGAGGACGUGGUUUUCUUUGUGGCUGACGUCAUCAAUAGCGGUCAGCCUGUCCUGGAUGUAGUCAUGACCAAAGCCAACCGAGAGAGACAGAAGCUGAUGAGAGAACAGAACAUCCUCAAACAGAUCUUUGGCAUCCUGAAGGCUCCCUUUAAGGACCGGGGGGGAGGGGAGGGUCCUCUGCUGCGUCUGGAGGAGCUGGCGGACCAGAAGAACUCUCCCUACCAGUACAUGUUCAGACUCUGCUACAGAGUCCUCCGACACUCCCAGGAGGACUACCGCAAGAACCAGGAGCACAUAGCGAAGCAGUUCGGUGUGAUGCAAGGUCAGAUCGGCUAUGACAUCCUGGCCGAGGACACCAUCACCGCCCUGCUGCACAACAACCGAAAACUAUUGGAGAAACACAUCACCAAGACCGAGGUGGAGACCUUCGUCAGCCUGGUCCGCAAGAACCGAGAGCCCAGGUUUCUUGACUACCUCUCAGACCUUUGUGUGUCCAACAACGUUGCUAUCCCCGUCACUCAGGAGCUCAUCUGUAAAUGUGUGCUGGACCCCAAAAACCAGGACAUCCUCAUCAAGACAGAACGUCGUGUCCCCAAAGAUGCGCCCACUGGUGGCGGUCAGGGAGACUACAUGGGGAUGGAUGACUACGGAGACGAGGACGAGGUGUGGCUGGUGUGGACAGACAAGACCAAUGAGAGACAGGAGAAGGGCAUCAGACAGCUGGCUCAGGAGGCGAGACAAGGAAAUGCUCACGAUGAGAACGUCCUCACCUACUACAGGUACCAGCUGAAGCUCUUUGCACGAAUGUGUCUGGAUCGUCAGUAUCUGGCCAUAGAUGAGAUCUCCAAGCAACUGGACGUGGAGCUCAUCUUCCUGUGCAUGAUGGACGAGACGCUUCCCUUUGACCUCCGGGCCUCUUUCUGUCGCCUCAUGCUCCACGCCCAUGUAGACCGAGACCCUCAGGAGCUAGUGACACCAGUGAAGUUUGCCCGCCUCUGGACUGAGAUACCCACCUCCAUCACCAUCAAAGA